AAUUCCUAUCUGUCUUCAUAACCAAAGUAAAGAAUAACAGAUAUCAGUACCAUAUUGCCCCUAUAAAAUUAGCACAAAAGCUAAAGUUCUCAGUCCUUGUACUGCAGACUGGAGACACACCCCCUUCUUCAUCUCUCUCUCUCUCUCUUCUUUCAUUUGCCCAUUUUCCUUUUUCAAAUUUUUUAAAUUAAUAAGCAUGAUUUCAUCACUACCCAGUAUUUAUAACUCCACACCCACAUGGGCAGAACUUUAAGAGAAGCCUGAAGCCAACCCAAGAACAAUAGUGUGUUUUUUAUUCAGCUCCUGCAUAGAAGUUCAAGCUUGUCAGAAGGUGGAGGAGAAUUAGAAGCUGUAAGAAGAGAACAGAGAGGCAAGUGAAGUUGUUUGUUGUCUUUUGGAGUUGAAGAGCUUUGGAAAUGGUGUGAGAUUGAAUUGUGGGUUUGUGGAUUUUCUUAGAAUGGUGACUCUGUUUUGGAUUUGGAUGGAUAUAAAGAAUAGGAAUAAAUUGUGUUACAGUUUUGAUCAUAGAAUAAGACAAUAUCAAUGUAGACAACAGCAAAAAUAUACAGAUUCGGCAAACAUGGCUUCUAGUUGGUCCAGUGAGAUCUCACCAAUUAUUUCCAUUUUUUUAUGUUUUCUUCUUGUUCUUUCUUUAAUUUGUCCUGUUUAUUCGUUGGAGACCGGCAAUAGCCCUGCAAACAAUCAGACUUUCCGGCCAGACCACGAGUUAAAGAAGCUGAAGUUGAUAAGAGAACAUCUUAACAAGAUUAACAAGCCUGCAGUGAAGACAAUUCAGAGUCCUGAUGGGGAUCUUAUAGAUUGUGUUUUAUCUCAUCAGCAGCCAGCUUUUGAUCAUCCCCAAUUGAAAGGACAGAAACCAUUGGAGCCACCAGACAGACCACAUGGGCAUAAUCCAACAGGCAUGGUAACUGAGAAUUUUCAGUUAUGGGGUAUGUCUGGUGAGUCAUGUCCAGAAGGAACGGUUCCAAUAAGAAGAACAAGUGAACAAGAUAUGUUAAGAGCAAGUUCUUUUAGAAGAUUUGGAAGAAAACUAAGAAGGCAUGUUAGAAGAGACACUAACAGCAAUGGCCAUGAGCAUGCAGUUGGGUAUGUGAGUGGAGAUCAAUAUUAUGGAGCAAAAGCAAGUAUCAAUGUGUGGGCACCUAGGGUUUCUAAUCAGUAUGAAUUCAGCUUAUCACAAAUGUGGGUUAUUUCUGGUUCAUUUGGAGAUGACCUUAACACCAUUGAAGCUGGUUGGCAGGUUAGCCCAGAACUAUAUGGAGAUAACUAUCCCAGAUUCUUUACAUAUUGGACUACUGAUGCAUAUCAAGCAACAGGAUGCUACAAUUUAUUAUGCUCAGGCUUUGUUCAAACCAACAAUAGAAUUGCAAUUGGGGCUGCAAUCUCUCCAACAUCCUCUUAUUCCGGAGGACAAUUUGAUAUCAGCUUAUUAGUUUGGAAGGAUCCAAAGCAUGGAAAUUGGUGGUUAGAAUUUGGAAAUGGAGUUUUAGUAGGAUAUUGGCCAUCAUUUUUGUUCACUCACCUAAGGGAUCAUGCAAGUAUGAUACAAUUUGGUGGAGAAAUUGUAAAUUCAAGGCCUUCAGGAUUCCACACUUCUACUCAAAUGGGAAGUGGGCAUUUUGCAGGAGAGGGUUUUGGAAAAGCCUCAUAUUUUAGAAAUUUACAAGUUGUUGAUUGGGAUAAUAACUUAAUUCCCUUAUCAAAUCUUAGGGUUUUGGCUGAUCAUCCAAAUUGCUAUGAUAUUCAAGGAGGGAUUAACAGAGUUUGGGGUAAUUAUUUUUACUAUGGAGGGCCAGGAAGAAAUGUCAGAUGUCCCUAAGGAAAUGGUAUAUAAGAUGAGAUUUUCUUUUCCUUUUUUAAUUUUUUCUUCUUUUUUUUUCCCUUGUUGGGUGAUAUAUUGGUUUCUCCUCAAAGUCAUUGGUGAGUUUAUUGGGUUAUUCUUAUAUUUAUUACCCUGUUAAUCCUUUUUUUUUUUUUUACUUUUGUAAAAUUUAAAACUUU